AUGGUACGUGGCGCAUGCUUACAGCAGAUCGUACGCGUGCGGUCGAAGGACGGGCAGCUGCGGUUCCAGGUCGAGGCCAGCGAUGAUGCUGCGGUCCUCGUGGCACAGAUCGCCGAGGCCCUGCACACCGACCCGAGCCGCCUGACGCUCUCGGAUGCGCCGGGGAGCGGGGGCCGCGCGGCCAGCGAGCUCGCAGGACACACGCUCGAGGCCCUGGGCAUAAAGUACGCGGCCGCGGCGCCCGCGGCGACGAGCGAUGCGCCACCCACGGCAGCGCCCGGCGCGUCCGUCCAGGAGCAUCCGAUCGAUGUAUACUGGUCGCGAGAGCGGGGCCUGAUUGCCCGUGCACGCGACGCGCAGUUCUGUCGCCACGGCGAGAAAGGCAUGUGCGACUACUGCAUGCCGCUCGAGCCGUACGAUGUGGCGUACCACACCGAGCAUGGCAUCAAGCAUCUAUCGUUCCACGCGUACCUGCGCCAGCAAAACAUUGGCGUCGACACAUCUGCGUCCACGUCUGCCUACGUGCCGCCGCUCGACGAGGAGACAUACCGUGUACUGACGCCCUGCCCGUCCGGGCAGCAUGCGCCGUGGCCUGCAGGCAUCUGCACCAAGUGCCAGCCCUCGGCGAUCACGCUGCAGCGGCAGCCAUACCGCAUGGUCGACCAUGUCGAGUUCGCGCAUCCGGCGCUGAUCGAGGGCCUGCUGGAUAUCUGGCGCAAGACGGCGACGCAGCGGUGCGGUUUCCUGCUGGGACACUAUGAGCCGUACCCCGACGUGCCGAUGGGCAUCAAAGCGGUCGUCGAGGCCAUUACCGAGCCGCCGCAGGCCGGCGACCUGGACGGCCUGACGCUCGGCUGGCCGUGGGACGAGGAGGCGCUUGUGCAGCGCGUCGCUGGGUGGUGUGGCCUCGAGAUCGUCGGCUUCCUCUUCACCGACCUCGAGCCGGCCGAUCCCACCCACACGAACGCGAGUCAGGCGGGCCUUGUGGCGUGCAAGCGCCACGCUACGAGCUUCUUCCUGAGCGGGCAGGAGGCGCUGAUGGCCGCGCAGUGGCAGUCGAUGCACAAGAAUGCGUGCCGCUGGAGCCGCACAGGCGCCUUCAACAGCAAGUUUGUCACCUGUGUGCUGUCCGGCAACCCCGAGGGCGUGAUUGACGUGGCCGCAUACCAGGUCAGUGGACAGGCCAUGGGCAUGGUCGAGGCAGACAUGCUCGAGGCGAGCGUGCACCCGACGACCGUGCGCGUCAAGCCCAGCGCCGACACGCGCUACGUGCCGGACGUCUUCUUCCGGUACAAGAACGAGUACAAGAUCGACGUGAAAGAGAGCGCCGCGCCCACCUUCCCCGUCGAGUACCUGCUCGUGACGUGCACGCAUGGCUUCCCGACGGAUCCCAAUCCGCGCUUCCUUUCGCAUGCGUUCCCGAUCGAGAACCGGCCUGGCCUGCACGACCAGAGCCUGGACGCGGUGCUAGCACAGGUGCGCGCGUGGCCGCACGCCGUGACCGAUGCGUCGGCGCGCGAGGCGUUGGCGCGGUGGCUCAGUGACUGGCACUUGCUCCUCUUCCUCGCGAAGAGCGAGCUGUUCUCGCCGGAGGACAUGCAGGGCCUCUGUGCCGCAGCCACGACGCACGACGCGCGUGACGCACUGGAGCGCGUGCUCGCGUCGCCCGGCUGGCAGACACUCGUGACCAUGGCACAGAUGCAGGCGCCCCCGACGCCGAGCGAGGCGCCGGCGCCGUCCGACGAGGCGAGCCCCGAGGCGUCCGCCGCCUCCAGCAUCGCGUGCCCCCACUGCACCUUCCUCAACGCACCUGGCAGCACGGACUGCGACGUAUGUGGCCUGCCCCUCUCGUAG